AUGGAGACCUUAGAGAAAACUGAACUCUGCUUUCCACAGCUCCUCAAUGCAUCCUGCAGGAAGGCGAUUCGUCCACACUUUGAGGUCAUGCUGACCUAUAUUCUGCUGUCCUCCAUCUCUCUGGUCACUGUGGCUCUAAACCUGCUGGUCAUCAUCUCCAUCUCCCACUUCAGGCAACUCCACACUCCAACCAACUUCCUACUCCUCUCUCUGGCUGUCUCUGAUUUCUUUGUGGGCCUCCUCAUGUUGUUUCAGAUCAUGCUCAUAGACGGCUGCUGGUUACUUGGAGAUCUAAUAUGCACUUUAUAUCAGUAUAUAGCUUACAUAGUGAUAUCUGCCUGUGUAGGAACCAUGGUCAUCAUAUCUGUUGACCGUUACGUGGCUAUCUGUCACCCUCUGCAUUACCCGACAACAGUUACUCUAAAAAAAGCCCAGGUUUGUAUCUGUGUCUGCUGGAUCUGCUCCUUAUUCUUUCAGAGUCUGAUUUUAAAGGAUAUCUUAGAGAAACCAGGGAGGUAUCACUCCUGUAUUGGAGAGUGUAUAUUUUUUAUUAACUACAUUGCAGGGAUUGCAGAUCUUAUUUUCACCUUCAUUCUCCCCAUCACUGUUAUUGUUGUUCUGUAUUUGAGAGUAUUCGUGGUGGCUGUGUCUCAGGCUCGUGCGAUUCGCUCUGAAGCCGUCUCGAAGAGGACGACUGCUAAAAAGUCAGAAAUGAAAGCAGCCAGGACUCUGGGUAUUGUGGUCAUUGUGUUUCUGAUAUGUCUCUGCCCGUAUUACUGUGUGGCUCUCACAGGCCAGGACAACCUGCUCAAUGCUUCAUCUGCUGCUUUUGUCAUAUGUUUGACCUACUUUAACUCCUGUGUUAACCCGGUGAUUUAUGCACUAUUCUACCCCUGGUUUAGAAAAUCUAUUCGACUCAUUGUUACACUGCAGAUUCUGGAGCCUGACUCCUGUAAUGCUCAAGUGCUAUAG